GUCGACCGCGCUAGAGCGAUCAAAACAUUAUAACGACAAAAUACGCAUUCGUCAACGCCGAACCUGUAUUCGGUUCCACUUAGAGUUUCUUGUGAUAAAAUAAUCUCGACAGGUUUGUGUCAUGUGCGCACGGAUUAAAGUUUCAUGAGGUGCAUCCCGGGCGAGGGCGAUUGCGCGAGGAGGGCACAGGGACGUCGGCGGGCGAUCCAUCACCUGUCCGCCUCUAGUGCUCUCCGGGGCGAGUCGUCAAUCGUCAAUGCAUCUCGUUGAUGUCUUUUACUUAACGCUUACUUUGGAAAGUGCUUAGAGAUAAGUGCGGUGUUCGAUGUUUAUAUAAUUCUCAAUCUGAAUGUUAAUAACGGCUCCGUGUUGUGUUAUGUUUGUUUCACACGCGGCCAGUUAUUUGUUUGUUUGUGUGAGUGAUAAGGGGCCGCGGCGGACUAUCAGCAGUAAAAGUUACAAGUGCUAAAUUAAUCGAGCAAAAGUGUUAACUUAUUAUCGGUCGAAUCUGACUUUCUACGUGGGUCGAGGAGAAUUAUGCGUGGGGCGUGCGCGUGCGCGGUGGUGUGCGCACUGGUGGCGCUGUGCGCGGCGCUGGAGCCCGAGGCGCGCGCCGCCGCUGAGCGCCAGUUGCUCACCCUGCUCGGUCUGCCGCGACGGCCCGCGCGCAUCCGCGCCGCACCGCCGCCCGUGCCGCGCGCAAUGCGCCUGCUAUACGAGGCGCAGGGCGCGCUGCCCGCGGCCGCUGCCAACACGGCCCGCUCCUUCCACCACACGCCCACCGAGCUCGAUAGCCGUUUCCCCGCGGACCACCGCUUUCGACUUUAUUUCAACGUGAGCGCCGUGCCCUCGGACGAGGUCGCACGCGGCGCCGAGCUCACCUUGCAGCGUGCGCACAACGUGACGGGCGCCCAACGGCUCCUGUUGUAUGACAUAGUUCGGCCGGGUCGUCGUGGCCGUUCCGACCCUAUCCUGCGAUUGCUCGACUCCGUGCCGCUGUGUGCCGGUGAAGGUGUGAUAAAGGCCGAUGCGCUGAGCGCGGCGCGCCGCUGGCUCUCUGAACCGCAGCACAAUCAUGGCUUACUAGUAAAAAUCAUAGACGAGGAAGCGAAAGGUGUCGCUGCGCGGAGUCCGCACGUGAGGGUGCGGAGACGAACGACGGAGGAGGAUGAGCAGUGGCGUGCGCUGCAGCCGCUGCUACUGUUGUACACGGAGGACGCGCGAGCGCGUGCUGCCCGGGAGAGUGGCGAGUCGCGCCUCACUCGGAACAAGCGCGCGGCCGCGAGAAGAGGGCACCGCGCGCACCACAGGCGCAAGGAAGCCCGCGAGAUAUGCCAGAGGCGGCCGCUGUUCGUGGACUUCGCCGACGUGGGCUGGAGCGACUGGAUCGUGGCCCCACACGGGUACGAUGCGUACUACUGCCAAGGCGACUGCCCGUUCCCCUUGGCAGACCACCUCAACGGCACUAAUCACGCGAUAGUGCAGACUCUAGUGAACUCAGUGAACCCGGCGGCUGUGCCCAAAGCGUGUUGUGUGCCCACGCAACUGUCGCCAAUAUCUAUGUUGUAUAUGGACGAAGUGAACAAUGUGGUGCUUAAAAACUAUCAAGACAUGAUGGUGGUGGGCUGCGGGUGCCGAUGACGAAGGGCCGCCGCCCCUGCCCGACGCUCGGCGCCGGCGCCCGUCGCCCGGUGCACUCCUAGUGAUAUCUCGUGGACCCAGUGUAAAUAUAGUAGCGGCCUCGAAAUCUGUACAUACUCGUAGAUUAACCUGUAUAUAUAUUUGUGUAAUAAUUAUUUUAUUGAUGAGAUGACGUUGAUAUAAUAAAAGAUAUAAUUUUCUACAGUAAAUUCCAUUGAUUUUCUAGUGUAAAAAUCGUCCCUUAGUACAGUGAAUGUUCUGCCAUAUUUCUAUAGAGUGUUUACGGAAACGAUUCUUAUAUUUGUACUAGUCGUAAAGUAUUAUAAAUGAUAAACUUAUAUUGAAACGAGUUAGCUACUCGAGUAAUACAUAAAAACGAUAAUUUGUAGCCUAAAGACGUCGAUACCGUACGUAAAAAGCCUAAUGGCUUCCACGCAUAAUUCACGUUAACAGUAUAAAUUAUUAAUUUUAUUUACUGCUCAUCAAAAUUUAUUUAUAUUUGAGUAAAAUAUUGUGUAAAAUACUAAGAGGAAAUGUGUGAAGUUUCACAAAAUAUUGUAUCAAUACCAUGAUAUCGAAAUAGUGAAAAACAUAAUUUAUAAUUUGUUUAAUAACCAGUCACAACAAUAGUCAUUCGAAUCUCGUAGACCGCGGCCGUCAGGCACGCAGUCUCCUACUCGGGUUUUAAAGGUCAAGAUUUUAGACUAAAUACCUGGCCACGGCCGUCUACAGUUUAUCAUGGGCUGAGGUCGCGGCUAAACGAUUCUAUUGAAUCGGUACAAUGCUCUAUAAUUCAUUGUUGUGACUUUUGUAAUUCGUACUUUGAGCUCGGAGCUGUUCAAAUUAGCUCCAAUAUAAUUUUGUACUUUGUAAAUUCAUGUCAUUAAGAACUGAUCAUAGCUGUAUGUGUCUACGUUGAUUUUUAAAAUGUUCAAAGAGUAAAGAAAGUUUUUUAUUGAUGCAUUUUGUAUGUUUUUUCUUAACCGUCCGCAACCUGUAAAACGGAGUAUAAUAAUAUACGAAAAGUAAAAUUGGAA